GACAAAGAUGCGGUCGUAUUCACCAACACGUUCUCCAUGGAUCCCAAAACAGCGUCAAUCUUCCUGAAGGCUCCGCUGGACUAUGAGAAGAUGCAGUUCUACCAGUUCAAAAUAAUCGCAGUGGACGGUUACGGGCUGAACUCGUCAGAAGUAUUGACCAUCCGGAUACUGGACAUUCAAGACACUCCACCGGAAGUACAGGGGACGCCAUAUGUAGUUACCGUGCAGGAAAACUCACCGCUGGGAAAGCAUUUCUUCACUUGCCGCGCCAUUGACGGUGACAGGGGGAUCCCAAACGAAGUGGCGUUCUCCUUCAGUACUGAGACACCAUGUCAGUCUCUUUUUGCCAUCAACGAGACAAGCGGGGAAAUAACAGUUUCAGGUGACGUUGACAGGGAUUUUGGUGACGUCAUGGAACACGGUGGCGUCUGCAACAUGGAAAUUUUUGUUCGUGAGAUUGAACAGCCCGCGCAUGCGCAGUUCGGGUUGACGGAGUCGAGGGCGGCCUUGAGCGUGUUUGUGACGGACGAGAACGACAACGCCCCCUCCAUUAGCGCGGACAGCUUCCGGGCGUACAUAGACAACACUGCCGAGCUGAACUACCCCAUACAGUUCGAAAACGACACCGAGAUAUUCAUAGAGGACAAGGAUCAGGGUUCUAGUGGUAUCUUGGAGCUGGUUUUGCGGGGAGAGGACGGGGACAUGACGUACGACUUCGAGCCCAUACCCAGUGUAAUAGCCUCUCGGGGCGCACCACUCAUCGCCCUCAAGUCACCCGACCUCAUCAAGAGGAGGGGAAAUAUCACGCUCAAGUUAUACGCCAUCGAGCGAGACACAGCGGAGCGUAACAGCGCCACGGCUGUGAUCCACAUCCGGGUGACGCCGGUUGAAACGACAACACCUAUCCCCACAUCCCCACCAACCACCACUGAGCGAUACAAAGACCCUUUUAUACCCAGUCUGAUAGGGGCCAUCAUCCCAUGUUUACUGCUCAUCUGGGUGGCGGCAGCAACCUGCUACUACUGCAUCAAGAGGCGUGGGGUUCCAAGAAACAACCGCAUCGGUCACCAGAAUGUGUCCACUGGCAAAGAACUUCAUGCACUGAGCAUGGAUCUGCAUACUGGGCACCCGCCUCCGGCGCAAAAUGGCGCACAGAUCGGCGCGGACUCGACAUCCACGGUGACGCGGCUGGAGAGGGGUACCAGGACUGCCUCCAAUGCGUGAAGGCUUUACUUCCUCGUGAGGUCAUGCCCUAGCGUAAACGUGCUCUUUCAGGACUUAGAUGGAUGAAAUGUCUGAUCUUGCAAUGGAACCAUCAAUCUAAUUAAUACGCAGUAGCGAUUCCAAGAGUGUUCGUCAGUUGGGUCCGGUAGUACUGGAUUAAUUAUGAUUACGUUUUAAAUAGUGCCUGCAGAGUUUUUUGCUAAAACCUAAUACUACUAUGUGUUUUAAAAUAAGUACUCCAUUGCGGGGUUUUAAUAUUAUUGGGUAGAUGAACAUGAAAGUGUUGCUUGGUAUGUUUUUUGACUGGGAUCAUGUGUUUUCAUUGUUACGAAAACAGCGUUGUAUAUGUUAUUUUUCAUCGAACUUUUUAUUCACAUAAAGUAGACAUUUUCCUUAAACAAUUAAGUUAUUGUAACCACUUCAACGUUUUUAGUCACGUUGAAAAACAUUAAUAUUUGUAAAAUUGUGAUAAGAGUUAUUUAAAUCAUUAUUUUCUCAUUCCUUCCUAUCAUACAUAUCACUAUAGUUUCCAGUGCUGAUUACUUUGUUGAUGAAUGUAAAGGUAACAAAUACAAUAUUUUACCGUUCGUGUA